UAAAAAAUAUCAACCGAACGAAUUAUAUAUGCCUAACUUUUCAACGACUUGAAAUUCUUAGUUAAUUUAACCCCUACCGGCCAUAACAUGACUUCAAAAUCCAAAUUGUCCAAAGCCCAAAAUCUAGCUUGAGACCUAACUCGUUCGACCCAUUUCUGCAAAUUUUUUUGGGUUCUUUCAUGGCGGAAAAAUCGCACUCUCCCGAUACAGUGGCAGUUUUGUCUCUCUUCCUGUUAUGUUCAAUCUUUUGUAAUAUUAAUCUAAUACCUGUAGCAGAAGCUAUAUGGUUAUCGUUGCCUAGUUCGGGAACCAAGUGUGUUUCGGAGGAGAUCCAAAACAGCGUUGUUGUUCUAGCCGAUUACUUCGUUAUUAACGAGAAUCGGCCGGAACACAUCCCAACUGUCUCUGCUCGGGUGACAUCUCCGUAUGGAAACAAUCUUUACCACAAUGAAAAUGCAAGUCAUGGUCAGUUUGCAUUUACAACAUCAGAAGCAGGUAACUACAUGGCAUGUUUCUGGCUGGAUAGCCAUCAGCCACAAUCUGGAACCACAACUUUGAGCCUGGACUGGAAAAUUGGAAUUGCUGCAAAGGAUUGGGAUUCAGUAGCAAGGAAGGAAAAGAUCGAGGGUGUUGAACUUGACCUAAUGAGACUUGAAGGAGUAGUUCAAUCCGUUCACAAUAAUGUAAUCUACCUCAGGGAAAAGGAAGCAGAGAUGAGGGAAGUGAGUGAAAGAACUAAUGCCAGAGUUGCGUGGUUUAGUAUCAUGUCUCUGGGUGUCAGCAUCGCAGUUUCAGUUCUCCAGCUAUGGCAUUUGAAGCGUUACUUCCAGAAGAAAAAGCUUAUAUAGAUCUUAUUCUGUGCUUGUCAUUUGUAGAUAACUGUGUAUUUUGGUAGUCAGAAAAGAGGAAAAAAGGAUAAAAGACUAAAAAGAGAGUUAAAAUA